AUGCCCCGGCUCCCAGUGUGCCCACAGUCCUGCACCUGGGAGUGCGGGAGGGGGGCUGCGGGGACACUGGGACUCAGCCUCCCCUGCACCCCCCUCCAGGUGCGGCACCGCCAGUCAGGGCAGAUCAUGGUGCUGAAGAUGAACAAGCUGACCAGCAACCGGGGCAACAUGCUGCGGGAGGUGCAGCUGAUGAACCGCCUCUCGCACCCCAACAUCCUCAGGUUCAUGGGGGUGUGCGUGCACGAGGGACAGCUGCACGCGCUGACGGAGUACAUCAACGGUGGGAACCUGGAGCAGCUGCUGGACAGCCCUGUGCCCCUCUCCUGGUCCAUGCGUGUCAAGCUGGCCCUCGACAUCGCCCGUGGCUUGCGCUACCUGCACUCCAAGGGCAUCUUCCACCGUGACCUCACCUCCAAGAACUGCCUGGUGCGCUGCGAGGCCAAUGGCUACACAGCUGUAGUGGGUGACUUCGGCUUGGCGGAGAAGAUCCCCACCUAUAGCGAGGGCGGUGAGAAGGAGCCACUGGCCGUGGUGGGCUCCCCAUACUGGAUGGCGCCUGAGGUGCUGCGAGGGGAGAUCUACAACGAGAAGGCCGAUGUGUUCGCGUACGGCAUCAUCCUAUGCGAGACCAUUGCUCGUGUCCCCGCUGACCCCGACUACCUGCCCCGCACCGAGGAUUUUGGUCUGGACAUCGCCACUUUCCGCACCAUGGUGGGGAUUGACUGCCCAGCGGCCUUCCUCCAGCUUGCUUUCCACUGCUGCAGUAUGGAGCCCACCUCCCGCCCCUCGUUCCUGGAGAUCACGCAGUGCCUGGAGGGGGUCCUGCAGCACCAGCCGGGUGCCGAGGGCACCGGGGUCUUCGGUGGUGGGGAGAGCCUGCCCGUGCCUGGGAUGGCGGCCACACUCAACGGGGUAGCUGGGAGGGCGGCUGGCCGCACCGAGCAGUCGCCCCUGCGUGAGCUGGGGACACAGCACCUGCAGCCGGACCAGCGCCUGUUCCGCAGCCAGUCCGACAUGUUCCCCCCCAAAUCGCCUGUCCUGUUGCGGCCGGCGGAGCCUUACGGCGGGGCCAGGACCAAGGAGACGCCCCACCGCGUCAACCCCUUCUCCCAGCGCGAGGACCUGAAGGGGGGGAAGAUCAAGCUCUUCGACACGCCGAGCAAGUCGGUCAUCUCGCUCACCUUUGAUCUGCCGCCCCCCGCCCCGCUCCAGCUCAGCACCCCCGUGACGCCCGAGCCCGCCGUCCCCAACGGGCUCCUCUUCAACAACAACCACGUGGUGGUCAGCAAACCCCUGGCUUGGGGCAGCGGGCUGGAGCACGGCUUCUCCGAGCUCAGCAUCCCCUGCACGGUGGCGCUGGAGCGGACGGAGCGCACAGCCAUGCUGCCCGGGCACGGCUCCAGUGCCGUGCUGGAGCAGGACGAGGUGCUGCCCUGCCCUGGCUGCUGCCUGGGCCCCUUCGUCUUCAGUUCCCCCUCUGUCUGCCACCGGCCGGCACCCAGCCCGCCUCGCUACCAGAACCUCAACUGUGAGGCCAAGAGCCUCCUCUGCCAUGACCGGGGCCACCACCAGAAGGCCCCGGGGCCAGUACUAGCGGAGCCCAGCCUGAAGCUGCCGGAGGCGCAGUCCUAGUGCCGGGGACCCCUGGGGAGUGGGGCUGCAUCCAGCUGCCC